UUAAAUCUUUUUAUAAUAAGCUUUGGGUCCCCUUCUUCUUCUUCCCGGAAAAUGGCUUCAAUCCUAAAGCAAACUUCCAAGCUCGCCGGAAAAUUAUUGAAUCCAAAAUUACUAUCAACAUCCACGCGCUCAAUCUCACCACGCGCCUCCUUUAAUGGCGGUUCCGUCCGAUUUGCAUCGACGUCAGAAUUCAGUUACGUAGAGAAGAAAAAUGCUCCUCGGCGAUUACCGGCGGCGUGCAGUUACCUUCUUCGGGCCGAUGAACGGAGUCAUUCUACUGGAAAUGAAGCUAUUCCUAAAGUUACACUGAUUUAUUGAAAAUGGAUUAUAGCUCGUGGUCUAAAAAAUUCACAUAUUCCAAAAUGGACAUCAUGAGAAAUUUCACGUUCACUAAUAGAUACGAGCCAAAUGACCAACUUAGCUUUUGAUGACAACAUAUAGAGAUUCAAGACUUGGUCAACUCAAGCAUACAAGAACGAGUAUGGAGGACCGGUUUUGAGCAUGUCAUUAAGCAAGGCCGUGUGGGGAAGAUUGCUUGGAGCAUUAAAGACUUGAGGACUCACGGUUUUGGACCACACUUAAUGACUUACAGUUUUUGGAGCAUUGAAGAGCCUUAAAACACUCCAAAACUGCCACUCUACUUAACGGUGUUUUGGUCAUUUUGUGUCCUUUCCUUCCACUCCGUAGGAGCUCCUUUCAUUAAGGGCAUUUUGUCUUCAUUUUGUAAUAACUAUACGUAGGAUCUUUAGGGUUCAUUUCAUACUUAGUUGUUUAUUGAGGCAAGACUUGAAACAUUGUAACAAACUCUCUCUAGUGUGAGGAGUGCAACACUUUUAGUUGCCACAAAAUCGAAAUGAGGGCAACAAGUGUGGAUAUCA